UUGGUGACAAAGUCUGAUCAGGCUAAUUCAAUAAGCUCACUGAAGGUAGCUGCCGUAAGAAAAAAGACGCUCUUUGUUCGCCAUCUCUCUCCCCAAACUAAAGUAUCAGAUCUCAUCGAUUUCUUCAAAGAUGUUGGAGAAGUUGUUCGUGUUCGACUUCCUGUAAACCGCGAGCGGAUUCAGAAUUGCUCUGGCUUUGUUGAGUUUGCUUCUGCUAGCCAAGCAAAGAAGGCGCUGGAAGAGAAGAAGGGUAAAUACUUGCACGAUCGUAAGAUUCUUCUUGUUGAUGCUAAUAGAGAAGCUACAUACCCUCUACCCAAGUACGAAGACUACCUUCAACGAGAAAGCCUUCCGAUCCUUCCUAUUAAAGAAGAUGAGACACCUCCUGAUUUUGUUGAGGAUGUACUCUUUGUUGCCAAUCUCUCUCCGCAAACAAAAAGAAUGUCACAUAUCAUCGAUUUCUUCAAAGAUGUUGGAGAAGUUGUUAGUGUUCGACUUGUUGUAGACGGCAAGGGAAAUCAUUUGGGCUAUGGCUUUGUUGAGUUUGCUUCUGCUUACCAAGCAAAGAGGGCGCUGGAAGAGAAGAAUGGUGCAUAUUUGCACGAUCACAAGAUCUUGUUGAUGAAAGGACUUGACGAAACUCCCGAUUCUCUUGAGGCAGCUGCCGUAAGAAAUAAGACGCUCUUUGUUGUCCAUCGCUCUCGCCAAAUAUUAAUAUCAGAUAUCAUCAAUUUCUUCAAAGAUAUUGGAGAAGUUGUUCAUGUUCGACUUAUUGUAAACUGCAAGGGCAAGCAAUUGGGCUAUGGCUUUGUUGAGUUUGCUUCUGCUAACGAAGCAAAGAUGGCGCUGGAAAAGAAGAACGGUGAAUGUUUGGACGAUCGCAAGAUUUUUCUUCGUGUUGUUGAGACAGCUCCAUACCCUUUACGACCCAAGUAUUGCAUAGAUCACAAGGUUUGGUACGAAGACUACCUUCAACGAGAAAGGCUUCUGAUAGAAGAAGAUACGGCAGGGAAAGGACUUGAAGAUAAAACUCCAGAUUUUGUUGAGGAAGUUGCCGUAAGAAAAAAGACGCUCUUUGUUGACAAUCUCUCUAAGAACAUUAGUAAAUCAUAUAUGAACUAUUACUUCAAAGAUGUUGGAAAAGUUGUUCGUAUUCGACUUAUUGUAGACCACAGGGGUGAGCAUGUGGGCUGUGGGUAUGUUGAGUUUGCUUCUGCUAACGAAGCAAUGAAGGCGCUGAAAGAGAAGAAUAAUCAUACGUUGAUUCUUGACAAGGCUGAGAUAGCUCCAUACCCUUUCCAACUCAAGUAUAACAUUGCAGAAAAGCUUUGGUACGAAGAUUGCUUUCGAAGAUUUAGCCUCGAUUUGGAGACCAAACCGGAUGUGAAGAAACAUAAACCUCUUUGGCGCGGAAAGAAGACUAUCUUCUCUGCCAACGACUGA